AUGGCAGGCCUUAAGACCAUCAUCGCGCUCUCCUUCGUCCUCGCCAUUGGUUUCCUCCUCGUCAUCCUCUCCUCGGCGCUAUGGAAGAACUACCUCCCGCUCCUCGUCGUAGCGACCUACGUAGUCGCGCCUCUGCCCAACUGGAUAUGCGGGCGUGCUGCCAAUCCCGACGACCUCUUCGAGAGCUCCGGUAGCGGGGUGAUCGACUUUGGGCGCUUCUUGACUGGAUUCUUGGUUGUUAUGGGUAUUGCAUUGCCCGUGAUCUUUGCUCACUGCGCUUUCAUCGUGCCGACUGCAGCGGUUAUGUCCAUAAUUGGAGGUCUUUUGAUAUAUGGGACCAUCAUUAGCUUCACGAUGUUCUUCCAAGAGCAGGAAGAGUUCUGA